ACGAGACCGGGGGUUAAAAAUCCAGAGACUGAAACAAUAAAAACACUAAACGAUCGCUUUCCCACACACAAACGCAAACACAAACGCAUACACAUACAGAGACAGAGACAGAAAGGACGAAGCACUCAGUAGUCAGAACUCAGGACUUGUGCGUCUGUUAACAGCGGCAUUUGAAUUUAAAUGCGAAACGUUGAUCAAACGGUGCAGACGUGUUUCUCCCAACGGUAGCGCUCGGCGUUUUCCCUUAACGAGUUUUUCGUGCCACAACUGAAAAGUGAACAAAGUUUCCACAAAAUUACUAACAAAAUUAAACAGAACCAAAACACAAGUGAAAACUAAAGACCAAAAGUGCUUAUCAAAAUCAUUUGAACUUAGAUAAAAUAUAAAUAUAAAAUAAACUAUGUCUUCCUCCGAGGCUGAAGUCGAUAUCAGUGUGGUCUCCAGUCCGGAGCCAAGUCCUUUGGGCGCCGCCGCCCGCGAAAGUCCGAUGUUGGCCCGCUCGCCGGCCCGCUCCGCCGACGGCAGUUCACCACCGGCCACGCCUACCCAUCGCUCCAAUACGCCCAACACGGCCGCCGGCACGCCCACCACAUCCGCAUCGGGCGGCAAUCACUUUCAUCACAGCCCCAGCGGUGGAGCUGUACCGCCGGCGGUGUUGCAUCAUCAUCUGCAGCAUCACCUGAGCACACUGGGCGGUCAUCCUGUAGCGCUGCAUCAUGCGCUCCACACUUUUGGACAUCUGCAUCCCGCCCAUGGAGCCACACAUCCCGCUCUAUUGCAACACGCCCUCACGCCCACUAGCCAACAUCAGCAACAGCCACAGUUGCAGGUGCAACAACAACAUCAGUCCCAUGUGGAGCGUCUUAGUCCGCCGAUGAAAAGUCCGGAGCGGAAUGGAGGCGAUGAGUUGCAAGGACAUAGCCUGAACAACAACAACAGCAAGGCCCUAAAUCACAACAAUACUUGCGCCUCGGCGGCUGCAGCGGCCGCAGCAGCUGCAGUGGCAGCGGCCAACCUAAGCACCAACAGCAAUGACAGUAAUGGGAGCAGCGGCGGAGGCGGAAAGAGUACCACUGGAUCCAAUGGAUUCACCAGCUUCUCCAUCUCCAGCAUCCUGAGUCGCAGUGAACCGGCCAAGAAGAACGGCACCGCCGGUCUUAUAACACCAAUCCCGCAGUUGCCACAGCCAGGUGCCGGCGGACCACAAGAUGCAGCCAUGCUGUCCAGAUUGGGUUUCAUUUCACAAUGGGGAGCUCUUGCGGGUCGUUAUGCCGCCCUGUGUCCGCCCGGAUGGCCCUGGGCACCCCAGCGUCUGCCCUUCCACAGUCCCACUCAUGACAGUUCCUCCACGAACACUACCGAGAAUCCGCCAUCGCCCACUUCCAUGAGCCCGAAUAAUAACAAUAACAACAGCAACACCACUGCCAACUCGAACCAGGCCAGCAAAUCGCCCUCACACCACCCACUCCACCCCCUGUACCACCCUCACGGUUCGCAGCAGCAGCAUCAGCAGCAGCAGCAGCAACAGCAUCCACAACAGCAACAGCAUCCACAGCAGCAGCAACAGCCACAUCCACACCAGCCCACCACGCCCACCAGCAGCAGCAGCAGCGGAGGCGGCAGCAGUCUUGCCCACCAUCAGCAUCCGCACUUGACCAGCUCACAUGGCGGAUACUUGCUGCCCAGCAGCUCUAACGAAUCGGAUGAUGAAGGCGAGGAGAUCAUCGAGGAAGAUGAUGGUACGGAUGGACCCUCUGAUAGCUCCUCGCCACAUGGCGAUGGCAAUUCCAAGCGUAAGAAGAAAACCAGGACAGUGUUCUCAAGGGCUCAGGUCUUCCAACUGGAGUCCACCUUCGAUCUAAAACGAUAUCUCAGCUCCUCGGAGCGAGCUGGUCUGGCUGCCUCUCUGCGUUUGACCGAAACGCAAGUUAAGAUCUGGUUCCAGAAUCGCCGCAAUAAGUGGAAACGCCAGCUAGCCGCCGAGCUGGAGGCUGCCAAUAUGGCCAACAUGGCGCAUGCAGCACAGAGAUUGGUCCGAGUGCCAGUCCUUUAUCAUGAUGGGACCACAGCUGGAUUUGUGCCACCACCACCGCCACAUCAUCAUCCCAUGCAGUAUUAUGCGGCGGCACGUAACACCAGCCCCCCGCGACCACCACUCUCGUCGCUGGUAUAGGGAGUGGGGUGCCU